UAAGAGGACAGAUCAAAGGAGAAAAAAACAGACUAAGUCAAAGAAAGCUGCAUAUGCCUUCAGUUAGCAGACAGAAUACAGGUCUGAAGGAGAUCUCUGAGAGUCUCCAGUGGCAGAAAACCUGUCCCCUGAGUGUUUACAGGAAAUAACUGAAUACAAAAACAACUUUUGUGAAAACUCAAUUGUUUUUCUUGUCCAGGUUUGAGCCUCACAAAAUGCCCAGAAGAUAUAACCACGUGGAUGGCAACCAUUUCAGAGGGAAAGGACACAACUAUUUUGCAGCAGAAGAAGCUCUGGGUAUUGGACUUUUCAUUUUGGUGCUGGCAAUUUUACUUGCCUUUGGCUGCUGGUAUUACAAACGACGUAGUGGCUACAGAAGUCUGCGGAGCAAAGGCUCUAGUAUGAGCACAAUACGAAAUGUGGUAGGUGAGGGAGAAAUACUGGACUGCAAAAUGGCUCUGCAGGACUACAGAGACUUUAAUUCUGUGGUACCUGACGCUCCACCAGCUUAUGACAAAAUUGCUGCAGAUCCAUCACCACCACCUUAUUCACCAUGACAACAUGAAAUUUGAAAACUUAAACAUACUGAUUCCAUUUUUUCAUGCUCACUCUUUAUUUCCUGUAUACGCUUAACUUUCUUAAAGCUAAAAUCUUACAAAAGAAAACACAUGUUUGCACUAGCAGUGGCUGAAAAGUGUUCCCGCUUAAUUUACAGAAGUGGUCAUUGAAAUGCCUUAAUAAACUGAAUGCGCUUUUGUUUUAAGCUUUUCA